UGGUCUAGUUUUGAGGUUCAAUCGCGCAGGUUUUGUUUGAAUACCUGGCAACCCUGGUCAUUUCCACGAAGAGCGCCGCUUGCCUGGAAACCUCGCUCUCCUCACUGUCUCAGUUCUGCAACAACGGAACCUAACGACAAAGUUUCACUCCACUUGGAAAACAGUGAUUUCGACAGGAUAAACAUUUUUCACUCGAAGAGUCAAACUCGCUGGCAAUAAUGCAGAUACAGAUCUAUAUCAGUGUAACUGUCUUGAUCCUGAUCCAAAAAUUCGCCUCAGAGGCUGCGAGUCGUCCGUCUCCUCCUGCGAGCGUGUCGAUUCAGUGCGACAGCUAUGGAGUCGAAGUUCGAUGGGAAUAUCCUGAUCUCGAUCAGGACGUCCAAUUCCAGGUGAAGGUGAAACACGAUUAUAUUGAAAGGAACUCUAAAAUUACACAAAAACUUACACGAAGUCUGCAUCUAAACAUAUCCAGUAUGUUGUUUAAUCCAGCAUUCAACCGCUACAUUGUGACUGUGACAGCGCUGCGAGGAGGAGAGGAGUCAGAGCCAACCCCAUCAGAUAUCUUCAGCUAUAAUAAAUAUGCUACCGCCAAUAUUAAGUGUUAUUUGGAUUUUCCUGAGGUUAAACUUUCUCCCAAAGAUGGCAAUCUUCACGUCCAGUUCAUCAACCCUCUUCAGCUGUACAGAAACUCUCCAGCUCUGCGCGGCCUAACCGAUAAUCUGCAAUACUGUAUUGAAACAGAAGAGAGGAAUGAAGCCUGUCAAACCUGUGAAAUAAAUCAAAAAACAUGCGAGACGUCCAUUGUGUUUUCUGAGUACAGGGACGAAUACUGCGUCAAUCUGACUGGAAAAAUUGGACAGAGAUUUUUCAAUCUGAGAAGCAGCUGUUUCACAGGAGACACAAGAAGCUGGUUCCCACACCUUGAUUAGCUUCAAAUUUAAGGACCUUUCAUGGACUUUCCAGGUCCAGUACCCUCAAAUUCAAGGACUUAAUGUGGGAACACAUUUCAAGUGAGAGCGAGGUUACAUCGUGUUAUCUUGUAAGAUACAUUGUUACAGUUUUCAUGUGUCAACUAUGCGCCUGUGCUCCUGUCACCUUGUUUUUCAGAACUCACAUUCACUCCACAUCUGCUUCCACAAAGAACAGCAGCUGUAAUGAUUUAAGAGACUUAACUCAGGCUUUCUGUUUUUUAUGCUUGUCUUUAUGUCCGUGUUUGUUUUAUUGGCACCUCAGGGUUUAGUCUUAACACCUGACUUAAAUUACUUCACUAAGUAUCUGAUUUGUAUUGUUGAUUUUGUUGCAUUUUUUAUGUUUGAUUUGUCUAGCUACAUAUAAUGAGCACAACACUUUCCUAUAGGUCACUUCAGUCUGCAGGCAAUGUAAUUUGUAUGAUUUUGAUUCGUUUUUGUAGCUUUAUUAAACUUCAUCAUUUAACCCUG